AUCUUUGGUACGUCAGAUCGAGAUUUUUCUCAAAAAAGUCGUCUCAAUUAUGAUGCAACUUUUUUCACGAGGAAGUCAUAACAGCAAAAAGCAGUCAUAAUUCGACUAUGAUCGGUUUCAAUUAUUAAUUAGCAUAUCUAGUCUAUGUAUAGUCGGAUGCCUUGAGUUUCAAAUUGAUAUAUAUCUGAGAAUUCUUCAAGGGGAGAGAAAUAAGAAUAAGAUGGGACUAGAAACAGUUGACAUAUUGAAAGCUGAAAUUCCCCUGGACGAGGAAUCAGUGGUUAUACCUGAAGAUGCUAAGGCUGGUUUAGUUCUUGUGGACAUCAUCAAUGGCUUCUGCACUGUUGGAGCUGGCAAUCUGGCCCCGACGGAACCAAACAGGCAGAUCGGUGAGAUGAUUCAGGAAUCAGCAAAACUGGCUGAAUUAUUCUGCGACAACGAAUGGCCCGUGCUUGCCUUCCUUGACUCGCACCACCCUGGGAAACUGGAGCACCCUUAUCCUCCGCACUGUAUAACUGGAACUGAUGAAUCAAAUUUGGUUCCAGCUCUAAGGUGGAUAGAGACAAAACCAAACGUGACAAUCAGGCGUAAAGAUUGCUAUGAUGGCUUCAUUGGUUCAAUUCAGGAAGAUGGUUCUAAUACUUUUGUCGACUGGGUGAAAAACAACAAGAUUCAAGUUUUAUUGGUGGUAGGGAUCUGCACAGACAUCUGUGUGCUGGAUUUUGUAUGCUCCACAUUAUCGGCUAAGAACCGGGGUUUCCUGGAGCCUCUGGAGGAUGUGGUAGUGUAUUCUUCAGGAUGCGCCACUUUUGAUUUUCCAGUUUCACUGGCAAGAAACACCAAAGACCAUUUGCCUCAUCCCCAGGAGGAUUGAACACUCUUGUAUCUACCAUUAAGUUCCGAGUAAUUCAUGUUUAUGGCAGGAAUUGAUGCAUCAUGUGGGACUUUACAUGGCCAAGGGAAGAGGUGCAAAGAUUGCAAGAGAAGUGUUCUUCAAUGCAUCCAAGAAGCUGUGAAGUGUAAUCACCUGCAUUUAUAGCAGGUCAAACAUGUUCUGUACCAGGAUUUCCUUCUGCUGGAAAAGCAUGUAUCAUAGGAAAAAUAAAUGUGCAUGAAAAAUAAAACGCAAUGAACUUUUGCCGUUUGAUGGAAUGAAA